GGUACCGUGCGGCAGCUCAAGGCCCGGCUGCGUCGCCUGCUUCCUGAGGCGCCGCCUGAAGAGGACCAGAAGUUGAUUUAUUUGGGGAAGUUGCUGCCUGAUCAUCUUUAUCUGAGAGAUGUAUUGCCUAUGCAGGAGAAGUUGUGUGUUCUUCACCUGGUGUACAACUCCAAGAGCCAUUUAGAAGUGCAAGAAACCAGUUCAAUGCCAAAAGCAUUGUCAGAAAUUAGUCAAGAUCCUUCUGUAGCUUCAACUGAUGGGGCAAGACACAGGGAUGCUCCCUGCAACCAACCUACAGUGGAAACCAAUACAAGGAUUGAAACAGCUCGUGGCUUCUCUGCCUAUACUACUUACAGCAUGCUUCAGAUUUCUUGGUUUCAGCAGAUUUAUGCAAGACAGUACUACAUGCAAUACUUGGUUGCUACUGCUGCUGACCCAUUGCGUGCACAAAGAUCACAGGAGAUACCAGUGGCACCGGUGGCAGCACCUGCCCCUCUUCCAGAUCCAUUUCCUGCACAAAACCAGCCUGGAAAUCAAAAUGUUCCUCCUCAGGUUAACCCAGCAGCUAAUCAGAACUUGCAAAUGAAUGCACAAGGUGGUCCACUCAUGGAAGAGGAGGAGGAAGGGAACAGAGACUGGCUGGAUUGGCUUUAUUCAGCAACUUUGUUCUACGUUUUUGUCAACAUCAUCUAUUUCUACUCCAGUGUGAGCCGGUUCAUCAUUGUCAUGGGUGGCAGCAUCCUGAUGUACCUGCACCAGGUUGGAUGGUUUCCAUUUAGACGCAGGCUGGUUCAACCAUUUCCAAACAACGUUCCUCCUCAAGAUGCCAUAAACCAGGAUCAGAAUAACAAUUUACAGGAGGAAAAUGCUGAUGGAUCACCUGAAGCAGAGGUUUUUGAUGAAGGAAGCACUUUACCAGAAGGUCAGCAGGGCACCCCCUCACUUAUGAGCACAGUCUGGCUGUUCUUUAAGACUUUCUUUGCAUCUCUUCUUCCAGAAGGACCUCCUGCUUUGCCAAAUUAAUUGCUCUACUAGCCAGUCCAACUCCAGGAAAUUACUCUCCCACUUACCUUAUGGGACCAGACCCCAGCUCCAAAAAAGUAAAAUGAAGAUCAGUGGGACUUCCUCAGUCUUGAAGUGAUUGGCAAGAUUUGGAAAGCUGCAAGAAGCCUUAAACCAUUACAGUGUAGAGACUAAAAUGUAGUGUGUUUCUCAUGUCUCCAUUCCAAAGAACUUCAUAUAUGCUGUAUGGAGGCCUAAAAUUGUACAGCUGUGCACUAUGAAGGCACAGACAAAGCUGGUGUGUACAGAAUUGUUAGAAGCAGAUUGCUGCUGCCUGUGCAAUUUGAUUCCUGUUGGAAUGUUUCAAAUGCUAUUUAAAUUACACUGAGUGUAGUGUCUGUCUUAUACAAUGACUUGCUAGCUAUGAAUUAGCAAAACUUUCUAGGGAAGAUAUGUGCAGUGCUUUAAGCUUAAAAGAAAAUAGAGAGAAAUCAUGUUUUCUGUAUAAAUAUCUUCCUAAAUAAGACAUAAAUUACAAUUUAUUUCUUUGACAAAGUAUUUGAUUACUGUGAGAUGAUGAGCCCGUUGUCAAGCAGCUACACUGAUCAGCUGAGUAACAAAUUGAAUUUUAAGUUGUCAAACUCAGGCAUUUUUAACAGUUGACACAUUUUGUUUCCCAGUUUAAUAAAUUCUGCCAAAGUAGCCGCCUUUCUUUCAUCAGUAAAUAGCUUACACUAAAUCUCUUAACUGUUUUCAAUAUGCAAGAAGCCUUAGAGGUCUUCUGCCCAACUAAGUUUCUGUACUUUGUUAACAAGACCAAUGCCCAAGCACCUUUGCUGUCAACUUAAAAUGGUCUGUUACUACUGCAAACUAGAUUUUUUGGAAUCCCAGAGGCUUGUGACAAAUGAGUUGUACCUUCUGAGCUUGGCCACAGCAGAGAAUCCCCUUUGGAAGUCUUUCUUCCUAGAGUAGAAAACUGCCACUGCAGUUAUGCAUUCCAGUAAGCAAGAUGCUAUGCAAAUCUCUCCAGAACCAUUUUCAGUACAUCGGCUUUUUCCAUUGUGUACCCUUUUAGUGUCCAGUAUCAUUUUCAACAGUGUGCAUGUUUUGGUAUUGAGAAUUGUGUGUCCACAAAUAGCUCAUACCAAUGGCUGGCUGUGUACCUAACUUGCUUUUUUGUAUACAGGAUAAUUAGUUGCAUGUACAAGUGAAGAAUAGUUGCACAUUUAAGCUCAGACCCUAGUCUAAAUUUAUUUUUUUUGCAGCCUCAGAGUUGGUUCUUAAAGUGCCUUUAAUAGUUUUCAAUGAAUUAACAAAAGAGACUGUAGUUAAAAUGGCUGUUGGCAUUCUGUAGCUCCUUGUAGCAAUUCUCUAGGCAUUAGAAAUGGUUCAGUCUCUGCUGUGUGAUGGUGUAGGAGGCUCCCUUGGGGACAACUGCAUGAGUUUACACAGUGCAUUAUAUCUGCUCAGGGAUUAAAUUUAUCUGUUUAAAAGUCUAUUUGUCUUUUCUGGGGAAUGCCUGGUUCUGUGAUUGUUUUUUGUCAGUGCUACUUGUAAUAGCAAACUUCCAUAAUAAAGGCUUAAAACAA